AUGUUUGUCAAUCCACCACCCCCAUCAAUAAAAUCCAGCGAAUAUGAAUCAAAAGCAAUGCAUUGGCUGCCUGAAUGUAUUGAGAACACUUUUAAAUUAACUCAAGAACUUGAUAACAGCCAGGCAGCUAAGGAGACAUUGGAAAGACAGUUGGAAACCAAGAUACAGACAUUACAAGAUGCUGAGAUCAUGUACGGAAAAUUACCAACAUCUGGGAACGGAAAUAAACGAACAGAGUCUGAAUGGAAACAACUGGAAAGCAAGCUGAAGAAUUCCACAACUGAAAUUUCCAAACAAGCUAGUGUCAUUAAAACAUUUAAAAGUGAAAAUGAGAGUCAUUCUGAACAGAUCAAAACGUUACAGGAAAAAAUCAAUAAAUUAGAGCGUGAUAUUACACAAAAAAGAACUUUGAUUGAAGAUUUGAGAAGUAAAGUCAAAGCAGUACAAGAGGAUAAGAAAACCAACGCAGAAACAAUUAAAAACUUGGAAGAUAAAAUCAAAUCAAUGACUGGUGGAACAGAUCAAAAGAAAUCUUACGUUGAAUCGUUGAAAAAACGAGUAACGGCACUGACCACUGAAAAACACCAGUAUGAGGAGCUGUACUUUAAAGCAAAUACAGAACUAGAAAAGAAGACCAAACAGCUGAUAUCUGCACAGAACCGGAAAACUGAAGCGGAGAAUACGGCAGUAGAACUGGAGACAGCUGCUGCACAACAAUUACAUGGUUUAGCUAGCCGUAGUGAAUCGACUAUUGAAACUAUUAAAGGAAAACUGAAAAAAUCUCACGCCAGAAUACAGGAACUCAACCAGUUUGUUAAAUUUUUAGCAAGUGAACUGUUGAACCAAGUCCAUGACGCAAGAGAUCUAGUGAAACAAGCCAAAAAGUCGAAAUUAAAGAACGGUUUAACAACCGGUGUUUCGAUGAGUAAAGCGCAUUCAUUGGCCUCGUCUAUUCUGAAUAUGAGCGAAACAGACAUAGAAGAUUUUAUGAAUUCAACUGAUGGAACGUUUGACGAAGAAAUGGCCGCGGAAGGACUGGAUGAUCAUCGUAGAGACAGCGAAUGGCACAGAAGAUGGCAAGCGGUUCUCAGCUCUAAAGUCCCAUUUGCCAAACAGCUGAUGGAAGUUUUGAUGGAGAAAGUCAGCGAAAGAGAUCAACUGUUAUCUAAAGUAGAAUUAUCACAACCAUUAAAAUAA